CUUUCUUUCUCGACCUUAUUUUCUGCCAGCUCUUCUCUGUCACCUCCGUGCCUCAUUCGUGGCCGACUCCUCGCUGGUUCCUCGUUCCGUCUCCGUCAGUUGAGCCUGUGGCACCACUCUCCGUGCUUGCUCGCUCUUCCAGUUCCAACCCUCCUUAGUCACCCUCCCCCUUCCGUUCACGCUUUCCUCGCGUGCCACUAGCUUCCAUUCCCGGCUUGCCCAUCAUCGGGGAUCCCGCUUUUCGCAUCCGCAUCCACCUCCGCCUCCGCCUCCGCGUCCGCUCAGCCAUCUCUUAGAAGAGCAUCAAGUACAAUCGCUGAAGCAACUACGUGUACAAGCGGUUAAAGUCGUUGUCGCUGCAAGGAGAUGUUGCAAGGCCCCUCGCGCUGGCUCAUCUCCCGUCACCCCGACAGCGGUCCCUGGUUCGUCGAGCGGAGGCUGUGCCACAUCAGCGCUGCGCGAUUCUUUUGCGACGGAGACGACGAGGAGCCACCGGAACGCUGGUAGUUAGGACGGGACAGGUGGCGACGGCGCAGCAGUCCGACUGGAAAUCUGGCACCACAGGGAGGGGAAUUCGGCACCUUUGGGUGGUUUGCUAGACCCGUCAAGCCAUUAAGGCCGUGUUGAAAUGCGCUCGUUCCUGGGCACAAGGGAGAAACAGGACUGACAGCGUGAGAAGGGAGGAGGAGGGGGACAGUCCACGAGGAAGUGUGCGGGAUUGCUCCGUCGGUCGCGCGUGCAGUCAGGGGGGUCGAAUCGUCGUCCGUCCGACCCCCUGGUUACGGUUCGCGUGACUUGUACAGCCGCGGAAUUCCGCGCGAUACUAAGAGUACUAAUACUGGCCCAUCAACACUUGGCACGGAGCGCAGUGGCACGUGGUGAAUUCUGCACUGGCCAACCCGAAAGGGUUCAGCUUUCGGAAGGUGGAAUACUAGAUUCUCGCGGCGUAGCAGAGGGCGCUCCAUAGUAUUUAGCCGAUUGCAACGGGAAGCUUUUAUUACAAGGGCAACCUUUUUUAUUACUGGAGGAGAAGCCGCGUUUUCUGACGGACGAGAGGCACGAGAGGGCACGAGAGGGCUACCGUUCCGUGCGCAAAACUGGGGCCUGCCGCGCUGCUGCAGCUCCCGCCCAUCUCCCCGUAACGACUUGGCUCAACGCCCCAGGGCUGAUUAGCACUACAGCCCAACCAUGGCGCUGGUUCUCGCCGCUACUUCCAAAAACCCCGCCGCUGCCGUAGCAGAAACAGCAAUGGCAUCAGCAUCAGCAGCAACAGAGGUCGUUUCUGCCCCUGCGUCUGCGGCUGCGGCUGCAACAGGCCGUCACGACAGUAGUGGUACGAGCCCCUCCCGCAAGCGGCUUCACGACGGCACAGUCGUCGGCGCGACUCACGGCCCGCGAAGCUCGCCGGACGAGAAGUCGAUUCACGCCACGCUCACCGCCGCCGCCGCCGCCGCCGCGGGUGCUGCUAAGGCGACCCCAGGCUCCGCGACCAACGCCGUCGCAGGCGGCGUCGCCACGGAGUCGGAUGCAGCAGCCGGCGACGGUUCGCGACGCGUGGGGACGGGGAUCUCCCUCAAGCGCCUCAAGACGGAGAGCCGCGCGCGCAGCUGGGCGGCUGGACCAGCGUCGUCGGGCGGUGCAGCAGGCGCAGCUGGCGGGCGCCAAGGCGGAAAGAGUGGCGGACCCGCGCGCGCCGCAUCAUCCGGCGGAGCGCACGGCAGGGGCCGAGCGGGUCCGGCCACAUCUGCCGCCACGACCAGCGCAGGCGGAGAGCUAGUUCCCGCCAUGUCGGACGGCGGCGGCGGCGGCGGCGGCGGGUGCGCCGUUGCCACCGUGAGCGCGGGAGCCGGCCCGGGGACUCCGCACCGCGACCGCCACAGCAAGGUGCAGACGUCACGGGGGCUCCGCGACCGGCGCGUGCGCCUGUCCGUGCCCGCGGCGCUCGCGUUCUACGACGUGCAGGACCGGCUCGGCGCGGACCACCCGUCCGAGGCGCUGGAGUGGCUGCUCAGGCACGCCGCGCAGGCCAUCGCGCACCUCCCCGCGCCGCCCCACCGCGGCUCCGGCGCCGCCGAUGAGGGUCCCGGGGCGGGACGCGCAUUGACUGCGCCAACGGCUACGGCAGUCCCUGCUGCGGCGGCGGCGGCGGCUGUGUCCACCGGGACGUCGCUCCCUGCGCCAGCUGGCACGGCGCGCGCGGCUGCCCGCGCUGCGGCGCAAACCCCCGCCGCCGUUGCCGCCGCCGCAGCUGCUGCGGCUGGCGCUGGUGGUGGCGUGGAUAGCGGAGUGACUUCCGGGCGUGCAGCGGCUGUUGUAGGUCCUUUACCGUCCUCGUCUGCUGUGGCUCUCUCUGCUGCUCUCUCUGCCCCUGCGCGGUCUCUGUCCACGGGCUCGCCCUUGAACGCCUGUUCUACCUUGCCCCCCAGGAGACAGCCCUCCAUUCUCGCCCUCCCGCCCCCCUUCCCUCCUGUUCCCACUGCGUCAACCCCUGGUGUCUCUUCUCCCGCUGCUGCUGCUGCUGCUGCUGCUGCUGCUGCUACUGCGUCGGCGGCGGCUGUAAGUACGGCGCAUCAGGCGAGCGCUGCAGAGGCGGCAGCAGCGCUGGCGGCUGCUGUAGCUGGCAGGCGGCAGCAGAGCCACGUGGUUUUCGCCCUGCCUGCCACGCCGGCCUCCUCUGCUCCUGCUGCUACGGGUGCUGGUCCUGCAAGGGGCACUGGUACUACCAGUAUGGCUGCUGCUGCUGCUGCUGUGGCUGCGGCUGCGGCUACUUCCCCUGCUGGGGCGCGCAUUACCCUGUCAGCAGCGGCUGUGGCUUCGGCAUCCGCUGGCGCUGCGUCUGGUGGCGUUUCUGCCACUCCCACUGGCUCUGUGUCGCUCACCGGGGGUGCUGCUGCUGCUGCUGGGACUUUUUCAAGAGGCGAAGCAGGGGGGGGAGGAGCACGGCAGGCACUCAGUGUAUGUGUGACUGGCCCGUGUGCCACGGCUACUACUACAACCACCAACAACAACGGCAACACGGGCAAGAGCUGCAAUGUGUAUGGGGAGAGCAAACAGGCGGAUGGUAGUGCCGCCACCACCACAAGUGACAGUCAGCAUCAGCAUCGGCCUCGGCAUCAGCAGCAGCAGCAUGGGUACCAUACAAGCGGGCCUCUCUACCAGAGCAGCCAUCACCAUCAUCAGCGGCAGCACCUCCGCUACCCCCACCACUCCCACCACCACGUGUACCAUCCCUCAGCGCUCGGCGCGCUUCCGGUUUCUGUGGGUGAAGUGUCGGCCAGCUUGACACGUGGCACCACCAUCAGCACCUCGUCUUGCCACUCCGGCCCGUCUGCCGCUGCUGCCGCGACCACUACUGCUGCCACUGACGCCGCUGCUGCUGCUGCUGCUCCGAGCGCUGCUGCUGGCGGUGCUGCUGCGCCUGGUGGUGCUGCGUACCAUUCCAUGGGCAAUGCUUGUGGCGGGAUGGACUUUAACGAGGACGACUGGGGCCUUGGGGAGUCGAAGCUGGGCUUUGACUUUCCGUGGGAGGCGAAGAGAGAAGUGGGAGAGGAGGUGGGAGAGGGGGAGGGCGAAGAGGAUAAGGACGACGAUGAGGACGAUGAGGAUGGGGAGGAGGAGGAGGACGAGGAGGAGGAGAGGGAGAGGGAGAGGAAGAAGGUGGUUGUUCGUGGGCUGGUGGCUAAAGCAGUGGCGGCUUGUGGGGGUGUGGUGGAGGGCGAGAUCGACGGAGUGUACUGCGUGAGGCGGGAGGGCAAGAGGUUGCGGUUACCACCGCCGGUAGACCAGGAUGCCAAGGGCGAGCCGGUAGCUUCGAACGCCUGUGCUGCUGGUGCAGUGGUGUUGCCUGUGGUGCCUGUGGUGUCUGCAGUGCCUGUAGUGCCUGCAGUGGCGUCACAGCAAGGCCAGACUGUGAGUUCAGGCGUGGAAGAGGGGGAGGUGCAGCAGAGCCUGCACCGUCACCACCAGCAACAGGAGCAGCUGGCGGAGCGGCAGCAGCAGGAGAAGGAGCAGCGGCAGGACAAGAAUCAGCAGCAGCAGCAGCAGCACGAGCCGCAGCAGCAGCAUGAGUUGCACGAGGCGGACCAGCACCUGGCCGGGCUGACAGCGGAGGAGAUGGAGCAAGCCGCGCACGGCAUCACGUCUGCUGCGGCUGCUGCGGCCGCGCCCCUGCACCACGUGCCUGCUCACCACUUCCCCGCGCUCUCCGCCCCCGCUGCCCUCCCUGCGGACCACCACACGAGUGGAUACGCGCACACACACCUGCAUGGGCACGGGCAUGCACAUGGCGGCAAGGCCCUGCCAGCAGCUGCGGGCAAGCACAUGCCAGGCAAGAGCAUGUGGGCGAGCCCAGGCAUGCUCACGUCCGUCUUCUCCUCCAGCCUGGGCGAUCUCAUGGACCUCAGCGGGCCCGACGGCUGCGAUCUUGCCAUCGCCAUGGGGCUGCCGCCCUCGCCGCUGCACUUCCCCAGCUUGCACCAUGGGGGCGGGGAUGGGUAUGUGGAUGGGGAUGGGGGUGGGGCUGGGGAUGUGGAUGGGGAGGAUGAGCUGGCACAGGCUCGUGCCGAUGAUGAUGGGUUCGCUCUGUGUGGCGGUUUGAGUGGUGGGGAUAGUGGUCUUGGUGGUGGCUCUGCUGCUGCUGCAGUGGAUGGGGAAGGGGAUGUGAGCGGCAACGAGGGUCAGGGCGACCCCAGUGUGCAUGGCGCGUUCCAUGCUGCCGCCACCACCUCUCAUGCUGCUGCCGCUGAUGCUGAUGCGACUGCUGCUGCGGCUGCUGCUGCUGCUGCUGGUGGGUCUAACGACGAUGCCUCUGGCAGCGGUGCCACGCGCAGUGGUGUGAGCACAGACCGCCCUGCUCUCUCCCAUCUGGAGUCGGCUCAGGAACUGGCCGCUGCUGCUUCCCUCUGCGCUCCCAUAGAUGACCAGCAGCAGCAGCAGCAGCAGCAGCACCAGCAGCAGCAGCAGCAGCAGCAGCAGCAGCAGCACCAGCAGCAGCACCAGCAGCAGCACCAGCACCAACAGCACCAGCACCAGCAGCACCAGCACCAGCAGCACCAGCAGCAGCAGCAGCUGCAGCAGCAUCAGCAACAGCACCAGCACAGACACGAGCAAGAGCACCAUGAGCUUCAGCAACGACACGAGCAGCAGCAUGCACGUGAGCAGCUCAGCGAGGAGAACAUGGGUGAGGGGAUGGCGGCUGGUGAGACGAGCCGCAUGGAGCAAGAUUCUCAAGAGCACCAGUAUCAGCUUCAGCAGCAGCAGCAGCAGCAGCAGCAGCAUCAGCAGCAUCAGCAGCAGCAGCAGCAGCAUCAGUUGCAGUUGCAGCAGCACCACCAGCAAAUGGUGCAUCAGCAACAUUGCCGUUACCAACACCAGCAACACCAGCAAUAUCAGCAAUUUCAGCAAUAUCAGCAUGAGGCCGCUGCAGGUGGUGGUUUUCCCUUCAGUACCCAUCGGCCACACCUUGGCUCAGCACACCACCAUCAGCAGCAGUUCCAAUUGCAUCAACAGCAGCAGCAGCAGCAGCAGCAGCAGCAGCAUCUGAGUGGGCCCAGCAGCAGCAGCAGCAGCAUGGAGCAUCACCCAUCGAUUAGAGCCACAACCCCUGGAUCCAACUCUUCCAAGCCUUGCCGCUGCCAGCACCAGCACCAGCACCAGCACCAGCACCAGCACCAAGCCAACUCACUCACUACCAACAUCGCUGGCGCUUCUGCUACUCCGCCUGCCUCCUCACUCCACACAUGCCAACAUGCUCACUCCACCGCUCACCCACACUCACACCCUCACUCGCUUUCUCUCACCCAGCCUCACUCCUCCCUUCUCUCGCACUCAAGGCAUCACCCACCCUCACUACCAGCUCUCCCUUCAAUACCCGGUCUCCCACUUCGAGGCUCUAUGCCCAUGCGGCACUGCCGGAUGCACCCUGGAGCGGAAGCUGCUGCCGCUCCCUGGGGUAGUCCGUUCAACUCUCUCCGCCCUUUCACCCCGUUCCCGCCGCUCCACCAUCCAACCCUGGGAAUACUGCCUCCCUCUGCGGCUGCUGCUGCAGCAGCAGCCGCAGCAGCAGCGGCCCAUGCGGGGGCGAUGAUGGGAGGUGAUGGUGAUGGGCUCGUGCCUGGUGCCUCUCUGCCCGGUGUCGCCGUGUCGGGCCAUUCUCUGGUGUCUGCCGCGCUAGCCCUGCCUUGGUACGACGGCGUGGGCCAGCACAUGGGGUAUGCGCCACCUGCUCCCCCUUCUGCUCCUGCCAUGGCGCCCUUUGGUGUGUCUGCUGGUGCUCUAGAUUCUGCCACUGGCGGUACUGCUGGUAGUGCCGGUGCUGGUGCCCGUGCUGGUGCUGCUGGUGCUGCCGGUGCUGUAUCAAGGCCUUUGGAACACCACCAUCAACAGCAGCACCAGCAACAGCAGUCGUCGCCGGCGCAGCAGGAGGGGGAGCAGGAGGGUGGUGAGAGCAACGGUCAGUCACACAAGGCGCAAGACGGGUCAUCCGCCUCCUCUGCUGCCAACGCUGCACGCGCAUCUGCUGCCGAUCCCUCUGCCUCUGUCUCCGCCUCUGCUGCCUCGGCCUCUCUCACCCCCCCUGCAACAGCAGCUGGUGCUGUGGCAGGCGCUAGUGCCGGACCCAACGCCAUCAUUGUAGAUUCUUUUGCCGCUACCCCUACCCCGACCCCUGCCACUGCUGCUGCUACAUCCACCAUCACAACCACUGCCGCCGCCACCACCUCCCACCCUAUCCCCCACUCGCACCAUCAGCAGCAGCUCAUCCUGGCCUCCACUGGCUCCUCCCUCGCCACUGCUGCUGCUGCAGCCAGAGGGGCACCAUACCCAUACACCCGAAUUUCCCAUGGUCCCAUGGCUUACAGUCACUCCCACUCCCCUUUCUACCCAGACCCUACGGCAGCUCGGUAUCUCUCACCUGCGGGCGGCCUUACCCCCUUGCACCACCCCCAUCACCAAACCCAUGCCCCGCCAGGCAUGUGCAGCCGCCGUAGCAGUGGCAGGAGAGGUGAUUUGUGCAGUAGCAGAGAGUUCAAUGGUGGGAGGGAGUUUGGGAGAGACUUGGGGAAAGAGAUUGGGGGUAAUGAGCACUGUGCACAAGUGUGCUGUAGCCCUGUUGCUACUGGUCCUGCUGGGGCGUCUGCAGAUGCCGCCGCCGCUGCCGCUGCUGCCACUGCAGCUGCUUUUGGAGGGUUCUGAAGGUUGACGCUUCCUGCACUAUUUGUUCGAGAUGCUAGGUCUGGACUGGAGAUGAUUUCUUGCGUAAUCCACUUUUUGUCUUGUGUAGAGAAUAUAGAUGUCUUGUGUUUGUGCAUAUGUGAAUAUGGUGAAUGAUGUAGUGUUUGUGUAUUUGUAAUGAAGCUAAAAGAGCGUG